GACGACAGGAAUCCCUUGGAGAAGGAAUUUAGAACUCGGGCCGAGGCGACUCAGCAGCGACCGGCGACUGCGCGGUCACUCGCCGCGGCACGCUGCGCAGACAUCGCUCAUCCACGCAACGGGUGUCACCACGAUUGCGACGGAGUCGAAUUCCAUGGCGAUUGCGCAAUAGCUAGGAAUUCAGGCGGAAGCCGCCGUCAACACGCAACCAUGGAGGCACGACAGCUCUUCGCCGGCGUGACGACCACCGCAGCGCAGCCAACCGUUACGCCUCUGGUCGGUCGCGGUUGUGGGGGGCUCAAUCUUCCCGUAGGGGGUGUCCUCUCCAUGCCCAAUGGAGAACUUGUCACUCUUACCGCAGCGGCUGCUUUCAAGCCAGUAUGCACACCGGUGGCACCUCCGGCCAUCAUCGCGAACGGCGGAGGAGGGUCAGUGACAAUUGAUGAGACGGCCGAGGGAUCGUUGCCUACCGGCGAUGAAUGGAUUUCGGACUUAGGGGAUCCCUUCUACGCUUCAACGUUUCCUCAAUGUUAUGCUCUGGCCGCGACGACGGUUGUUGCCUACACUUUGGUCAUCAUACUCUUCAUCACGCCGCGGUCUUUUCUCGACGGCGGGGUCGUUGUCCUCGGAAGAAGGGGCUUCACGAAUGGAGGGACCGGUACAACCAUUGGCGGACGGCCAUGGCUACAGAAAAUCGCGGCUCUAACAGUCGCUAUCUCUCUGACCAUCGCCAGCGCCGCUACCUUCGAUGCUGCCGAGGAGCAAUAUUCCUUCGGCGUUCAGAAUGCGAGGCGGUUGCAGAUGGAGGUUCUGGGCGGCAACGAGCUGAAAAUCAUCCGUAUCAUAUCCCAGACCUUUCUCUGGCUUGCCCAGGCGCAGACUCUUAUCCGCCUUUUCCCACGCCAGCGAGAGAAGAACAUCAUCAAAUGGGUCGCUUUCGCCUUGAUCACCUUGGACACCAUCUUUCAAUCACUCAACAGCUUUCUGUACACAGAGCAAGGAGUAACGCGGCCUGGAGCUUUUCAGGACGCUGUCCCUGCUUUGAACUAUCUCUUUACUCUUACCUUGGGCGUUUUGUAUGCUGCUUGGGUGAUCUAUUACGCCCUCACGAAGAAGCGAUAUGCGUUUCUGCACCCGCAAAUGAAGAACAUGUGUCUGGUAGCAGGUCUAUCAAUGUUGGCCAUUCUGAUACCUAUUGUCUUUUUCAUCUUGGAUAUCUGCAAACCCGACUUCACGGGAUGGGGCGAAUACGUCAGAUGGGUAGGAGCGGCGGCGGCCAGCGUCAUCGUUUGGGAGUGGGUAGAGAGGAUCGAGGCCUUGGAGCGAGAAGAGAAGAAGGAUGGGAUCCUGGGAAGAGAAGUGUUUGACGGGGACGAGAUGAUGGAGAUGACGCCGUUGGAUCGCAAGCUCAGGCGGAGGAGGAAGGGAAGCGGUGGCGACGGGGAGAAGGGCAGUAGUGUCGAAGACCGAAAGGUCGAAGGCCCGAGCACGACACAGAGCAACAGAUGGCCAACGGUCACGUCCAUCAGGGCGAAAUACAGGUCGCGGUCCAGGCCGAGGAAGGCUGCAAAGCCUGCGGACCCGACGAACACAGAGUCCUCUAACCACGACAGGAUACGAUUCUUGCAGCCACCGUUAUGGCCAGCAAGGCCAGCACCGGCAGUUACACCGGUCAGCCGCACCGACACGGCCAGCGCCGCGAGCACUGUAUACGCUGUCAGAUACCAUCCGCUGACAGAAACCACAUCGCACACUACUCCACCACCCAUCCAGAAUAGUGUGGCGUUAUCUCGAAACAACAGCAUAGACUCGAGUCACGCUAGCAAUGACGGGAGCCCGAGCGACGGUGGGGAGGGCACGCCGCCGCAGCCGAGGCCGGCUAUUCCCCCAUCUCAAACGUCAACAGCCUCAUCAAGCCGCUGGCAUAUUCUUAUGCAGAGACUGCCUCGCCAAGGAACGCGCAGAGAGGAUGAAGAACGCGCCGUCCCGCCAGCAGCCAGACAAAGUGUCACCAAGGACAGUAGCAGCAAUGGCGGCAAGUGGGACAUUCGCGGCCGCCUCGAAGAGUUCGCCGCGGCGCAGGCCGAGCGCCUGCGUGAGAAGUUCCGCGCGACGCCCGACACCGACAGCCUCCCCGUGACGGUCAUUCCCGCGCCGCCACGACCGGGUGCGGCUCUCGCUCAGCUGCUGGAGGACGAGGAUUCGGAGGCGGCCCAACCAGAGCAGCAGCAUGUCCGACCGGCAGUCACCAGUAGACAAGGGUCCGAAUACCUUACCGGGACACCUGGCCGGCGGUUGCCAGGUCCGCCGGUAUCUCCUACGAGACGAGGCUCGGAAGAACCGCAAACCGCCGGGGCCGGCAGCAGAGUUGUGCAUGCUUUGUCUGGUCUCGCUUUGACUUCGGCUGCCGACCCUCCUCUGGAUACCGGUCAAGGCUCUGCUAGGACGCCGCCUCCUUGAUCGACUCUGCGAGUUUUACUUCUUUGAAUUUAGGGGUUUCUGUAAUUUGUUGAGCAUUUACGGCUAUAUGGCGGCAU